UUUAUAUCUCGAUUGCUGAACAUCAACAAAAAGAAUCCGAUAUUUUGCUCAGUUAAAAACUUAUUUCCCCCUUUCUUCAUUAUUAUGAAAUACAACGAUCACCCCCACAAGAAACUAGAAGUGCGACAGUCCAAUUUAAAGACGGAGAAUUGCGAUGGCUUUGGAUGGGAAUGGCGGGAAACUUUCCCUAGACUGUCUUCCCGAAGAUGUUCUGUUCGUCAUUUUGUCAUAUUGUGAUCUAUGGACGCUGCUCCGUCUAGCCCGGGUAAAUCGUACUCUAAACCAGAUGUCGAGCCAUGACUCCGUCUGGAUUAGGAUCGCACGACGAUGCGCUAAUAUCCGUCCUUCUGAUAAGAGGGCUGAUAACAGUUGGAAGGCGAUGUGCAGAGUCUCUGUUAACUGGAUGCGGGGCUACUGCAAGGAUCGAUGUUUACUUAGAUUCAAAUGCAACUAUAUGCCAUGUGUUCAGCUUGGCCGACCGCAUCAAAUACUGAUAUCCCUUGGCGCUGACAUUGUCAUCUAUAACAAAAGCAAGAAAAAGAACCAAGCAUAUCGGCAAAGAACCCUCUGUGGUCACACAGCUGAUGUAGCCAAGUUUGUGGUUUGUGAUGCAUACCUUCUAAGCUGUAGCAUGGAUAAGACAAUAAGGUUAUGGAACACCAAGACAUGGAGGUGUGAUGGGGUGCUAGUCGGCCAUGACAAUGGGGUUUACAGUGUUGACGGAUAUAGGGACACAGUGAUCUCUGGAGGAAGAGACGGAGUUGUUAAGGUAUGGUCAAAGCGAUCCAUGUCCUGUGUUAGGGAACUGGCUGUCCAUGAUCAUGUGUGGUGCGUGGGCUUCAAUCAGUCUUCAAGAAUUGCUUUGUGUGGUACAGCUGGACAUUCAACAGUUCAUGCUCCUUUACAGCUUUGGAGCCUCGAAAGUGGUAGUCUUGUAUCAGGCUUCAGGAUGGAAGAUAGAGGAAAAGGCAGAGGUAUUCUGUCAGUAAAGUGGGAGUCUCCAUCCACUUUCCUCUCAUGUGGCUAUGACACCACAGUUAGAUACUGGGAUACUAGAAUCAAUCCCAGCAAUGCCUGUGUGGUCAGUUGGGAUGACCCGCAUGACUCCACCGUGUACUGUCUUGACUCUGACAACAAAUGGAUGGUUGUGAGUGGAACCAGCAGAUAUGGAGUGGUGCGCGUGUGGGAUAAGCGAGUCCGCCGAAGUGUGAGGUCGUUCUACGCCGGUCGAACCUCCAGCAGUCCAGUCUAUUCAUUACGUUUCAACAGAACAACGCUGGUCGUCGCUCUCGCAAACGGACUUCGAACCUUAGAUUUCUCUGGUUAGAUUUUACACUUUGGGUGAAAUUACACAGAUGUUACGACGACCCCAGGCACCCAACCCUUACUUCCCAAGAUCUAGGGCGAAGAAAUUAUCUCUUAUUCAAAUGCUAGUGGUUACUAGGUAAAGGGCUCUGUGAGCUAACUCAUUCGUGUUUGCCUAAAAAAACAACCAACCGUCCCUUUGUUUUCCGUUGGCCACAGUUUAAUCGACAGGCCAACCUGAUCAAUUGUAUAUUUAGUCUUUUAAUUUUCUUUGGUCAACAGCGAAAAGUACGAUGGCGCACACACAAAAUUUCAGUUAGCGCUACCAAAUUAUUAUCUUAGCACGCGGAGAAAUACAACAUGUGUGCGCCAUUGCAAUAGCAUGAUGUUCUUAAAAAAGUGGGUGUUAUUUACCACGCCAAACAGGGUUUUUUUCUUUCUUUAUUUUUUGAAAAGAGAUAAAGACAUGCAAUAAUUUAUCAGAACCAUGAUCUGGAAAGUUUGAGAAAGAUAUUCCAAUAAAUAGCUUGAAAUAAAAGUUAAUAAAUAUUUGGGAAGACACUAGAA